AUGAUUUCAACGAGAAGGUUUCGCUCGCUUUUGAUGCUCUGGUGGCUCUCGAGCAGUGCAUUUGUUCAGCACUUGGCAGCGGCUCAAUCACGCUCUUUCUCCGUGAGGCAAACAGAGUGCAGUACCGGGUCGGGAUGGACACGUAACGCAGAAUCCGCACGCGUGGUGAACGCAUCGUUUCGCACAGAGACGCCAAACGGAACAAGCUCAACUUGGUUAUCCGCAUUGGAGCAUGGAGAACGAUCCGUGGGCAUGCUCAAAUUCACGUUUCCGUCUCUGCCUCCGGUUUCUUUUGGGCAGAUUCCCUCGCUCAAUGCGCAGAUCCCGAGCAUACCCACCAUUGGCUACCCGUGCUGUAUGUCGUGCUGUACUCGCGAUUGCUGUUGCUGUGGCUGCUCGACGGUACCGACACCCACGCUGGUUCAGACUCCAUCUCAGCGGCAAUCGGACACGCCAUCGACACCUUCGUCACAGUCGAGAACAGUCAGCGCGCCUCCAUCGCCGAUUUCGAGCCCGACCAGCACCGGCUUCUUCUGUCAGAGUGGGCGUGGAAUCCAGGUCCACUGGACUUGGGUGGAUCAAGCAGCGGGCUUGGUACGCUGGACGUUCCAGAACCCUACUGAAUCACAAGGCGUCGUGGUGCUCACCCGCGGUGUUCUCGGCAGCGGCUGGUACGCAUUCGGGAACGCCUUCUGGCCAGCGUACCUGGAAACCGGCCUGACACACAUUGGCACUGGGCCGUACGCCCCAAUUGAAGGCCCCGUGCAGAACUUGCCGCUGGCGCUCGUCGGCAUCCGCCAUCCGGGCGUUGCCUUCGUGUUCCCGAUUCGCGGGGGCGCAACAAUCACCGUCGACGAAGGCGGCUAUGCGGGCUCCGAGCCGUACUGCCACGAGCUCGUCGAUGUGAACUUCAUACAAAACAGCGCAUACCAGAUCACGUACAACGUGGCGUUCCAGUGCCACGAUUUUGCGGGAACGACGCGCUGCCCGCCGGAUCCCUACCUGAACACGUUUCCCGUGUAUGCCCCGAUCGACGGAUCCCUGGAGGGUGCGUUCUGGCCCUCGGCGGGUGACCUCAUUUUGCCGGCUGUGGUCGUGCGCGAACGGGCGACGCUACCGCGUCGAGGCAACUGCCUCUCGGGAGAAAUGCAGGUGCGCUUGCGCAACGGCUCGAUGCGAGCCCUUCGAGAGCUGCGUGUCGGCGAAUGGAUAUGGACACGUGCCGCCACUGAGCCGCACGCUCGUCUGCUGACGCAAGUGUACGGAUUUGCAGACUAUGAACCCGAGGACUAUGGAGUCUUCUAUCUCCGGAUCACUACGGAUCAUGGCACAUUGGAACUCUCUGCGGAUCAUUUGGUGGCGGUGAAAUCCCCCUCCGAUGGCCAGAUCAAGAUGGUACCAGCGUGCAGGUUGGAGGUCGGCUCCAGGCUGCUCGUGGAGGCGCUGACCACCGCCAUUGUCGUGCGGAUUGAUCAAACCACUGUGCAUGGUGCAUUGGCACCACUCACCGAUACAGGGACGCUUCUCGUGAACGAUCAUCUGGUAUCUUGCUACAGCGGCCGCGUUUCGCAGGUAUGGGCGCACCUCGCGUUUCUCCCUCUCCGCGUCUACCAUCGGGUCAAGCGGUACACUGCGAGCGCCUGGUCGAUCGCGCCUCAUGCGCAAACGCAAACCCCGCCCCAACCGACGUUCAGCAGAAGCGGAAUUCAUCCGUAUGCCCGCUUCCUCAUCAUGAUUUGUCGUGCGUUGGGACCGCUCUGCCCCGCACGCGAUGCGCUCUGA